AUGACUGCUUCCUCCAACGCUGAUCUGCCAAAGUUGAAUGCUUCUAGUGGCCGAUUGAACUUCAACAGCGCUUGGUGCUCAGCAAACUCCAAUGAGCUACCGCUCUUUUUACAAAUUGAUCUUCAUGAAAUCCACAUAAUUACAGCGGUCGCUACCCAGCCACGGCAUUCAAAUAUCGGUAAUGUUCAAAGCGUGACAAAAUACAACUUGAACUACUCAGAGGAUGGAGCCAAUUGGAGAAUAUAUCAACAUAAUGGGAAGGACAAGAAGUUCCUUGGAAACCUAGUUGAAGAUAUCGCUACUAAAACUCACCUGCCAAUUCCGGUGAAGGCGCGACUAAUUCGAUUUCUACCUCUUGGAAUGAUGUCUUCUACAUGUAUGCGAGUUGAACUAUAUGGAGAAAAAUCUUCCACGGAAAGUACAGGAAGAGACAACAACGACUUAGGUGUUAGGAAUAAUAUUUCCCACAUGAUUUACACUGACUUGUUUAUAUGA